UGCAGGGAUAGGGAAUCUGGUCAACAUGAAAGCAUUGGGUUUGUCUGAUAACAUGUUCACAGGUAACAUUCCCAUUGACAUCGGGAAGCUUUCAGGUCUUGGGAUAUUAGGUUUUCAAAUAAACAGAUUAUCAGGGAGCCUCCCAUCCUCUCUAGGAAAUUUGACAUCAUUAUCUUAUCUUGAAUUGCAAGGAAAUACUUUUAAUGGCACCAUCCCUAUAAGCCUUGGGGAAUGCCAUUCAUUGCUGUUGUUGGAUCUUUCUCGCAAUAACCUUAGUGGCGACAUCCCUCCACAAGUUAUUGGCCUUCCUUCCUUAUCAAUAUAUUUGGACUUGUCCGAAAAUCGUCUCAGUGGUUCCCUUCCCUUGGAGGUAGGAAAGUUAAAAAAUCUAGGUGCGUUGAAUGUUUCAAAUAAUAUGUUAUCAGGAAAACUUCCUAGUAGUCUUGGUAGCUGUGUGAGUUUAGAAUUUCUGGUCUUGCAAGGAAACUUCUUCGACGGCCCCAUUCCUUCGGCUAUGGCCUCCUUGAGAGGGAUUCAGGAGUUAGACCUUUCACGCAACAAUCUCUCCGGUGAAAUUCCUGAAUUUUUGGCGGGGUUUGGACUCUUGAAGCAAAUUAACCUGUCUUUCAAUGACUUUUGGGGUGCAGUGCCAAUUAAAGGUGUCUUUAACAGUGCAAGUGCCACUUCAAUUGUUGGAAACACAAGGCUCUGCGGAGGUAUUUCUGAUCUUCAGCUUCCAAAGUGCAAGUCUAAAGAAUCAAGUUCUCGUUGUAUGAAACUAAUAAUCUCAUUAGUAUGCACAUUCGUUGUUCUUGGAAUAGCUAUGCUGUUGACAUUUCUAUUUCUUUGUUCCUUGAAAAAGAAAAGCAAAGCAAGUCCAUCAAGCACAAUGGCAGUCUCUAUUUUGCAAGUGUCAUACAGUACUCUCUUGAAAGCUACUGAUGGUUUCUCUGCAACAAAUUUGAUUGGUGCGGGUAGUUUUGGUUCUGUAUACAAAGGAGUUCUAGGCAAUGAUGGAGCUCAGCUUGUUGCUGUGAAGGUGUUUAAUAUGUUACGCCAGGGUGCUUCCAAGAGUUUCCUAGCUGAAUGCGAGGCACUCAAAAAUAUCAGACAUCGAAAUCUAGUCCCAAUUAUAACUGCAUGUUCGAGUGUUGACUUUCGUGGUAAUGAUUUCAAGGCUUUGGUUUACGAGUUCAUGGAGAAUGGAAGCUUAGAGGAGUGGCUGCAUCCAAUUACUGGGAUAGAAGACGCACCAAUGACUUUAAGUCUCAUUCAGAGGCUAGACAUUGCCAUUGAUGUUGCUUGUGCACUGGAUUAUCUUCAUAAUCAUUGCGAAACACCAAUAGUUCACUGUGAUCUCAAGCCAAGCAAUGUUCUUUUGGACAAUGACUUGAUUGGACAUGUUGCUGACUUUGGAUUAGCUAGAGUCCUCUCAAGACUACCCAAUAACAUUUCAGCAAAUCAAUCAAGUUCCAUUGGAAUAAGAGGGACUGUUGGUUAUGCUGCUCCAGAGUAUGGAAUGGGUAGUGAGGUGUCAACAUAUGGAGAUGUCUACGGCUUCGGCAUUCUCUUGUUAGAGAUGUUUACAGGGAAGAGACCCACUGACCACAUGUUUGUGGAUGGUUUGAACCUUCACAAGUUUGUGAAGAUGGCCUUCUGGGAGCGAGUUUCUGAGAUUGUAGAUUCAUCACUUGCUCAAGUAGGCAAUCCCAGCCAGAGCACCAAUGAUGCUCUCAAGGAAUGCUUGAGUUCAGUACUAGGAAUUGGAGUUGCAUGCUCUGUGGAAUCCCCAAUAGACCGAAAGAGUAUUGGUGAUGCUAUAUCUGAACUGAAAACCAUUCGAGCCACUCUUGUUGGAUAGAAACUUUGCUAUUGUUUUGUUAUGGCUUUCAGCUCGCUUCAUGUUUUUAUUUGCUGCCUGCUUUUAAGUCUUGUUGCUGCUAUAUAUGCACGAAUGUUGUAAAUAAUUAUGGCUAUAUCAUUUAAAUAGAUGUAGAGUGAUAUGUGCCUUUCACUAUCGAUUAGUGAUUGAUAGAAUUGUGUGUAGGAGUAAUUGAUGUUGCUA